AAGCAAGACUUUGACAUGGUAAUGGAGUUGGCUCUGGAAAAGCAGAAAGGCAAAGAGAAUGAUUUAAGGAGGAGUUUGGAGGCUGCUUGGGAAGAGAUAGCUAACCAUGAGAGCACCAGUGUGGAUACAGUUCGAAGGAGGAGUAUGCACGUUUCUCAACUGGAGAAGGAACUAAAUGAGCUUCGUGAGAAUCAAGCAGAAAUCCAAGAGCUAAAAUCAAGUAAUGCUGAACUCAAACAACAACUGGAGAAAUCACAGCAAGAACAACAAGCCACUCAGCAAUUGGUUGAUGAACAAAACUUAAACCCAAAGAGAGAAUCUUGA